AUGACCGCCGAUAACCUUCUGGUGCAGCUCCGGAAGGCGAUCAAAGAACCCCAUGCAGCCAUACACCGAUUGAAUUUGUCGCGAAUUGCGCUCUGCUUGCCUCCUCAAGUCCACGAGCCUUAUUUAUAUAAGCUCGGGAUAUCGCGCUAUGCGGAGCUUUACUACGGACUGGAAGAAGCAUGGGUGUCAUGCAUGGACGAUCCGGCUGAUUGGAUUUGCGAUUGGUCUGAUGAGAUUGCGCUAGACGAGGUGUUUGCUGUUGCUGACGAUAAGCAUCGCGUGCAACGAUUGCUACGUCUACUUUAUAUUCCUGAACUUCCGCGGACAAGAGUGCUCGAUGCUGAUCUUUGCCUUUUACGAUCUUUGAGCCCCUGCGAUCAAGUCUCGGUUUCUGAGAAUGUUUGGGGCGAAAUUAGAAAGGACAUAUUCCAGCGCAUCAUGCAGAAACCGCAUCUUCUGGUCGCUUAUACCUGGAUUUUGUACUCGGCUAUUCUUUUUGGUGGACGCGAAAUCCGCUCGCAGCUGCUCAAAGCCGGCCCGGAGUUUUGGGGCUUGUCGGUGACAGACUUUGCCUCUAGUCGGACACCUGCUCCGUUAUCAUUUUGGAAUAUAGAUGAUGAUAUAGCUGUCCGAGCCAGGUUUCGCCACCGCAUUGCCAGGGCUGAUCGUUUGUUGACGAAUCAAGAGCGACAGGAUGUUUUGGAUGAGUCGGCUGAGAUAUUCCGCAUUUUCGAGCUAUUGACUCGGGCUUUGGAUGAAGAUACGAAUUAUACGGAUGAGUGA